AUGGCCAACAGGCCCGGGUCUCUGCUCCAUGAGGCCUGCUUCCUCUUCGUUGUGUCCAUGGCUCAAUUCACCGGGCAGACGGGCCUGGCCCUCUCGGUCAUCGCCGCGCACAUCAUCGGCCAGAGCUGGGAAAACGUGAGCAAUAGCCAGCUGAGCUGGUUCGCGGCUGCGUUCGCCCUGACCAACGGCACCUUCAUCCUCGUCGCGGGUCGACUGGGCGAUUUGUACGGGCAUCGACGGCUCUUCAUCAUUGGCUUCGCCUGGUACGGGCUAUGGUUUCUGCUGGGCGGCUUCAGCGUUUAUGCGACGACGACGACGCUGUUCAUCUGUUGCCGCGCGUUUCAGGGCAUCGGAGCAGGACUGGUGCUGCCAAAUGCGGUGGCCAUCCUGGGGAGAACCUAUCCGCCCGGCCGACGAAAGGAGCUGGUGUUUAGUCUCUUUGGAGCCACGGCCCCUGCGGGAUUCAAUGUCGCUGGGCUCUUCAUCGCACUGCUGGCACAGCGAGUGUGGUGGCCCUGGUCGUACUGGAUCAUGGCCAUCUUCUGCUUUGGCCUCUCAAUCGCCGGCAUCUUCGUGAUCCCGGCAACGCUGGAUCCGCCGCCGACGACAAACAGUUCGAGCGAGAAGGGACCCGUAUUCGACUUUAUCGAACGAGUCGACGUUCCAGGCGCGCUUCUGGGCAUCACCGGCCUCGCCCUCAUCAACUUCUCUUGGAACCAGGCCCCCAUUGUCGGGUGGGCAACCCCAUACACCUAUACCCUUCUCGUUGUGGGCUUCCUAUUCUUGGGUGGCUUCGGCUUCGUCGAGCGCAAGGCAAAGUUUCCACUGCUUCCGACUUCGGUCUUUACGGGGGAUCUUGGGUGGACUCUGAGCUGCAUCGCGGCAGGCUGGGCCAGCUUUGGCAUUGGCCUGUUUUACUACUACCAGUUCAUGGAGGUCAUCAAGGGCGACGAGCCGCUCAUUGUUGUGGCGAAAUGGGCUCCGGCUCCCAUCAUGGGUGUCAUUGCGGGCCUCACGACUGCGUAUCUUCUGAGUCGCGUGUCGCCGAGCGUCAUCAUGUUCAUGGCCUUGUGCGGAUUCCUCAUUGCGAGCACGCUGCUGGCCACCAUCCCGGUCCAUCAGACGUACUGGGCACAAGCGUUUGUGCUGACGGUCGUAUACCCCUUUGGCAUGGACAUGUCGUUUCCUGCGGGAUGCAUUCUCCUAAGCAAUGCCAUGCCACGCGAGCAUCAGGGCCUCGCGGCCUCUCUCAUUGCCACGACAAUCAACUAUUCCAUCUCUGUGAGUCUGGGAUUCGCGGGGACGAUUGAGACGCAACUGAACCGUCAUGGGAAAGACUUGUUGAGAGGAUAUCGCUCGGCGCUGUACUUUAGUGUUGGUUUGGCGGGAUUCGGGAUGGUUUUGACGCUGCUCUUCAUGUUUGUGUCCUGGCGACGGAGUCGGAGGCCGACCGGGUCAAGGACUCCGGUGCCUGCCUAG